UCUCACUAUCUUCUUUUUUUAUUUCUUUUUUAAUAUAUAUUUAUAAAAUUUAACUUACAUAAUAUAACAACAACAAUAACAAAAAAAGAAAGAUUUAAGCCAUGGCUUGGUUUGAUUCUCGUACAUUAUUCUUAUCUGUUUCUUUAUUUUGUUUACCAGCUCUUGUGGUAUGUGCCGUUUUAUGUCUUCCCCUUGUGAUAUUCUUUAUUGUAACCUUAUACUUUAUUGCAUGGACAAUGUACUUACUUUAUGCUCAAAGAGACGUGGAAUUCAAUUUACCUUAUAAUCCUGCUCGUGUUUUAAAAGUUAAUGUGAUUGUAUUCAGUCAUGUCUUGAGUUGGAUCACGGAUACUCCUAUGAUUAUCUCUUAUCUAUAUUGGCGUUAUUGGCAAAUUGGCACUGAUAAAUUUAGACGCAUUGUUAGUCGGAACGUAGUUUACUCAAAUGCUUCUAAUCAAUGUCUCAUGGAUAUUUAUCACCCUGAUAUCAAGAAUAAUAACAGGAAACGACCAGUGAUUAUCUUUAUUUAUGGUGGAUCAUGGGCUUCUGGACAAAAAUUAUUAUAUACUUCUAUGGCUAAUACACUUCGAGAAUUGGGCUAUGUGGUCAUUGUACCAGAUUAUCGAAAAUAUCCUACUGUCAAGAAUGUUGAUACUAUGUAUGAAGAUGUACGUCAAGCUAUCAAAUGGACUUUUCAUCAUGCUAAUGAUAUUGGGGCAGAUGAGGAUAUGAUUUAUGUGAUGGGUCAUAGCGCAGGCGCUCAUCUGGCAUCUCAAGUUGUCUUAUUUGAUCUAGUGGAAAAAGCCAAACAUGCCUCAUUAUCUGCAAAAAAGAAAUUGGAUGGUGAUUCUAUAGUGGAUAUAAGUCGACGCAAAGAUUUCUUGCCUCAAAUAGAAGGAUUGUUAUUAUUUGCUGGUGUAUAUGAUAUUGAAUCUCAUUAUGAACAUGAAACAAUGAGAGGUGUGGAAAAGAUUUCUGCAAUGGGUCGUGUCAUGGGCUCCACAGUGGACAAUUUCCGAAAACAGUCUCCAUUCCAUUUGGUCAAAAGUCAUAGUGAUCUAUUUGCUGAUUCUGAAGAUCUACUUGAUUUUGCUCCUCGUAUUCUAUUUGUACACGGUGAAAAAGAUCUAACGGUACCUAUGGAACAAUCCACUACAAUGUACAAUAUGCUUGGUGAAGUUUUACCUCCUGCUAAACGGGAUGAAGUCGAUGUUCGUGUACGUCUAUACAAGAAAAUGGAUCAUGCUCAUUGUGUUACUGCUUUGAUGCCUAGUAUCUUUGGUGUAGAUAGGAUGCAAAAACCAUUGAUUCGGGAUAUUGUGGAAUUCUUGGAUGUUCCUCCAUUGGAUGGUCAUUAGUGGAUGAUCAGUUUCUUUUAUAUUUAUAUCGUUUUGUAUUUAUUCUUUUAGUUAUCUAUUUAUUAUAUAUAUAUUUUUUUUAUUUAUUCCCCUUCACACAUCUUUUAUCAAAAAAGAAUAAAUACUAUAUACACAUAGUGAUACACAAAAAAAAAA